AUGGCUUCAACAUCAUCAGUACCACUGCUGUCCUCACUUGAAUUUGGCCCUGACAGUGUUGCGUCCAUUCUAUUCAUCCCAGGAUGGGAAAUGUCGGCGAAGGCUGAAGCCUAUGAUUUCGAACCGAUCUUCACUGCCACUCUUACGGAGACCACCAUAUCUGACGAGAUUUACAAGCGUUACAAGCGCAUCUAUGUUGAUCUCCCAGGCAUGGGCGAAACACCAGCAGAUGGAGUCAAGGACCUCGACGGAAUAUUCUACCGCCUCGUCUCGUUCAUCAAUUUUCGACUUGGUUCCACACGCCCCUUCCUCUUAGCAGGCACAUCCUGUGGCGGCUACCUCGCCCGCGCAGUAGCCCGCCAUUACCAAAGUCGCGUACUUGGCCUCUUACUGCGUGUUCCAGUCAUCGUGCCAAACAGCGAGGCACGAGAUGUCGACCCAUUCGUCCCAAUCGUACGCAACGACAAGUUCAUGGCGGACGUCAUUUCGGAACUUCCGAUUGAGACCGGCUUUGGCCAUGAUUUGACACUCCGUGCGAUCCUCAAGGGAGACAUCCUCGUCCAAACACCAGAGUACGUCCUAGAACUGAAGAAGAAGUACCAGGAGGUAUUCCUUCCAGCGAUGCGAGCUGCGGACGCUAGUGUACUUGGCCCCAUUCGGAAUGACCCGGCACGUUAUCGACUGACAGUGCCCUUGGAAACGCCCCUGAUUCAAUCUCAUCCUGAACGAUCAGGAGUUACAGACACCGACGAUUUUAGUGGAGGUUUGGACUCAACUGCUAGGAAUCACGAGUCACCGCCCACAUCGAGCUCCUCAUUUCCCGUCCCAACACUGAUAGUAACAGGGCGGCAGGACACUGAUGUCGGAUAUAGGGAUGCAUGUAGAAUCUUAUCCUUCUAUGAACGUGCGACGUUUGUCACAUUGGAUCAUGCGGGUCAUGACUUGCCGGUUGGUGAGGGUCAAACUAGGGUGUUUCGGGCGUUGGUCGUUGAGUGGUUACGCAGAGUGCAAGACUAUGUGGCCGUCGUGGGUCAUGGCAUAGAGUCAAAGAGUGAGUAG